AUGGCUUCUCUCUCUAUUUUCCUUCCUCUCUUUUUCUCUCUCCUCUCCGUUACUUCUUCCUCCCCAAAUUCCAUCCUCCUCCCAAUCACAAAAGACUCCACAACACAACAAUACUUAACAACAAUUUCUCAUGGUACCCCUUUUGUUUCCACCAACGUUGUUGUUGAUCUCAGUGGUUCAGUUUUCUGGCUCGAUUGUUCUUCCAGAAAAUCAUCAUCUUCUUCUCUCCGUACAAUUCCUCAUCGUUCUCUUCAAUGUCUCACCGCAUCAAGCCACUCACAAGCAUGGCCUAUAGAUCAAGAUCAAGACAUCCCUUGUGAAAUUCUUCCCAAAAACACCAUCACAGGGAAAGUCGCAACUGAAGGAGUUCUUGUUGAAGAUGUUCUGAAACUGAAGUCAACAAAAGAUUCAAUUUUUCAACCUACCCUUGACCUUUUCUUUGCCUGUUCAUCUUCUCUUCUCUUGAGUGGUUUAUCAGAUGAUGCUAAAGGCAUUGUUGGGUUUGGUAGAUCUAGAACUUCUUUCUCAUCACAGUUUUUCAAUUCAGUUGAUUCACAGAGAAAAAUCACUUUUUGUCUCUCUUCAUCUUCUGGGUCUGUUCUACUUGGUCAAAACAACGUUUUAGAAUCUGAGAAAAUUUUCAGAUCUUUAACGUUCACACCACUUGUCACCAACCAAAACAAUGAAUAUUUCAUCAACGUUAACUCCAUCAAAAUCGGUGGCAAAAAGGUCUCUUUCAACACUCCAUCUCUGUCUCAAGAGGGCUAUAGUUAUGAGGAUGGGACUAAGCUGAGUUCUGUUGUGCCUUAUACAACCAUGCAAAGUUCAAUCUAUGCGAACUUCAAAAGUGCUUUUGUCAAAGCUGCUUUAUCUAUGAACAUGUCUAGAGUAGCUUCAGUUUCCCCGUUUGAGAUUUGUUUUGAUUCUAAAGGAGUUGGUGAGUCACAAACUGGUCCUAAUGUGCCUGUUAUUGAUUUUGUUCUCCAAAGUGAGAUGGUGAAGUGGAGAAUUAAUGGAAGAAACUCCAUGGUCAGAGUGAAUGAUGAUGUUAUGUGUUUGGGAAUUUUGGAUGGUGGUGAUGAAUUGAAGAAUCCUAUUGUGGUUGGAGGGUAUCAAAUGGAAGAUGUUUUGGUUCAGUUGGAUUUGGAUAGUUCUAUGGUUGGAUUUAGUUCUUCGCUUUUGAUUAAGGAUACUAGUUGUUCUAAGUUUAGAUUUGGUUCAAUGGAUGUUCAAUUUCAAUCUAGUUGA